GAACCAAGCAACUGUUUUUCUCGGCCAGGCUCUUGCUGACGAUGACGAGCCCUGUGGCAAGUGUGCACCAUCAAGCGGCUUAGUUUCCACACAAGGAGUCAUACGUUGUAAAUAAUACUACCAAAUGACUGACAUUAUUGGCCUACCCAUGAAUGGAAGGUCGCGGAGCCCGGAAUCGAGUAGUCUACUGAGUAGACAACAGUAAAGCGACGUCGGCGGGCAUCGUGUGACGAAGGGGAGCUCCGCGGACGUCUGUCACCGAGGCUCGACGACUCAUCUUCGGAUUGUCAAGCCUUCAGCAACCGCCUUGAGAAUACAAGAAGUCCACACCGAACACCCGUUGGAUUUUAUUUUUUUUUUGCGCUUUUCGAAAAAAAAAUGCAUUCCAAUAAUUUGUAGGCGACAAAGCCAAGUGUAAACAUCACGUGGUAAAUAGGAAUAAUACUUCGCAUUUCAACCAUUUGUGCUGUUUCUCAAAGGAAGGCAUCACAGGACGGAACGACAUGUGGAAUUCUGGCUUCAGUCAAAGACAUUCGCUCUGCGCUUGGAGCUAGAAGGACUGUGGCUCUCCCAGCAGGCGUGUGGAAAGACUGCCGCUUUUGCGUGUUAAUUAAGGCCUUGAAGGUGUGCUGUUUACUUGGCUGAGUGAUGGACUCAAGUGGCUUGUGAUGAAAAUGUAGAAGAUGCUGCAAAGGAAAGGGAGGACAUAAGCUGUUCGUGUGGAACAGAACCACUUUCUUCUUUUUAUGUGGAAUCUGUAAGGUAUUGAAGACAUGGAGGGAGUGAGGAACGUAGGGAAAGGUCACUAACUGGACCACAGCGAGCCUUCAUAAGAUAUCUGUCGGACAGAAAGAGACAUCUGGUCAACCAGGAGCAAGAGUCAACGAAGAGAGUGAGAGACGGGGGCUGUCAGAGAAGCAAAGGUGUGGAGGAGGUCUCGGAGGAGUUCUCCAUGGCUACAGAUCCAGGAGAGGCCACGGGUACAGAGGAAUCCUCGGAGAAAACAGAUGGACAGAAGGAGGAGGACCUGGACCAGGAGGGUAGUUCCAACACGCAGAGGGACGGGACAUGCAGCACCCCCUCGGGCUUCCUCCCAUCCCAGCCUCAGGAAAGGAGAAGGACAGGAGGAAAGGAUGGAGGAGGAGGAGAAGCUUAUCAGGAGGGUAUGGUGACCCCAGUCAAAUCGGUUUUCUUCUCAACGCCCACCUUGCCAGUUGACACAGGCCAGAAAUGUCUGAGGAGGGAGAAGCGCUUCUUCAGGAAGAGUGUAGAGAUCUGUGAGGAGGAGGAGGAUGUGGGUCUCCCAGAAUCCCCCCACAGCGCACCUCACUUGGAGCUGCGCUCCUUUGACCCAGUCUUCACGAGCAAUGCCCCAAAGCAAGGAGGUGUGUCCUGCGCUGCCCUGGGCCAGGAUCCGUCCUGCCCCGGCGGCCAGGAGCCUGGCAGGGUUCUGGCCUCACCCACCCUAAAAGGAAAGGAGCGGGACCGUGAGGAGGAGGAGGCUGAGAUGAAAGCUGUGGCCACUUCUCCCGGAGGCAGGUUUCUGAAAUUUGACAUUGAACUUGGCAGAGGAGCCUUCAAGACCGUGUACAAAGGCCUGGACACCGAGACGUGGGUGGAGGUGGCUUGGUGUGAACUUCAGGACCGCAAGCUGACCAAGGCCGAGCAGCAACGCUUCAAGGAAGAAGCAGAGAUGCUGAAGGGGCUCCAACACCCAAACAUCGUGCGCUUCUAUGACUCUUGGGAAUCUGUCCUUCGUGGCAAAAAGUGCAUCGUACUGGUCACUGAACUCAUGACCUCAGGAACACUCAAAACUUACCUGAAGCGCUUCAAGGUAAUGAAGCCCAAGGUGCUGAGGAGCUGGUGUCGGCAAAUCUUGAAGGGCCUUCACUUCCUUCACACCAGAACCCCUCCUAUAGUCCACAGGGACCUCAAGUGUGACAACAUCUUCAUCACGGGCCCCACCGGCUCAGUAAAAAUAGGUGAUCUGGGACUCGCCACCCUCAUGAGGACCUCAUUCGCCAAGAGCGUCAUAGGAACGCCAGAGUUCAUGGCUCCAGAGAUGUAUGAGGAACAUUAUGACGAAUCUGUGGACGUCUACGCCUUUGGGAUGUGCAUGCUGGAGAUGGCUACAUCUGAAUAUCCCUACUCCGAGUGCCAAAAUGCCGCUCAGAUUUAUCGCAAAGUUACAAGCGGUAUAAAACCAGCCAGCUUUGAUAAAGUGAAUGACCCAGAGAUUAAAGAGAUCAUCGAAGGUUGUAUUCGUCAGAACAAGAGCCAGAGACUGUCCAUCCGAGACCUCCUGAAUCACGCCUUUUUUGGUGAGGACACGGGGGUCCGAGUGGAGCUAGCAGAGGAAGACACAGGCACCCAGGAAUGCUUGGCUCUCAGGAUUUGGGUUGAGGAGCCCAAAAAGCUGAAGGGGAAACAUAAAGAUAACGAGGCCAUUGAGUUUAGCUAUGACCUGGAGAACGACAGCGCCGAGGAAGUGGCUCUGGAGAUGGUAAAGUCCGGCUUCUUCCACGAGAGUGAUGCCAAGGUGGUGGGGAAAUCCAUUCGGGACAGAGUCAAUCUGAUAAAAAAGUCACGGGAGCGACAGCAGCAAAGCUCUGACGAAAGACGGGACUCUGCUGUAUCCUGUACGCAUCCAUCCUGUCCAUCUUCACUGGGGCCAGGAGCAACUGGACUAACAGGCGCAGGAACUGGGCAGGAAUCUGAGGACCCACAUCAAGUGGAGCAGAAUGCGGUCAGAAGGGCGACACUAUGCCUGCCAGGGGAGAGCCUUGGGUCUGCCAGCUGUGAAUCUUAUGCACACGGACUAAGCCAAUCAAACUCUCAGCCAGGAGAAUCAUUUGCCCUUGCUCAGACUUCUCAGCCCAUGACGACAUCUUGCACAGGAACCCCGGCCAAUGCUCCGAGCCUCCCAUCUGGUGAAGGCGGGGGUGUCCCAAAUGUCCCUGUUGGCCACAGCGUCUGUCUGUCCAGCAUGGCCAUGGGUCAAAGCGGGGGGCCCCCUGCUGGUCAGACAUUUCUUCAGCCCAGCACCAUGGUUCCACAGUCGCAAACAUCCCCCCCAGAUGCAUUUCAAACCAUCACACCCCAUGGGCUGUUGGCCCAGUCACACUCAUACAUCACCCCUGCUCUCACUUCAUCUGUAUCCCUCAGUGAUCCUUCCGGGCUAGCAGGGACCAUUGUUGCCCCCAUUCAGCAUCCCCAAGCCACUCCCAUGCAGCUGAGUGACAUCAUCCGCCAGCCGGCACCCCAACAAACACAACCUGUCAUGAUGCCUCCGAUAGGAGUCCAGACAGCCCACCUUCAGCAGCAGCAAGUGGACAUCCAGGUUGCUUUGGCAGAACAACGUGCCACUCCGCCUACUGUGGGACAGCAUCCACAGAUCCUUUCAGCAAUAGCUGUCCACAAACAUCAAAAUGAGCCUCUGCAACAGGUCUGUGCGCAGCAGACCCUUCAACCAACUCCACAGGAGCAAGCAGCAUUAUCGGGUAUGGAGCAGCAAGCUGUGCCAUUGCCACAUCCAGGAGAACUUUCUCAACCAACAAGGGAUCCUUGUGAGCAGACCAUCAUGCACACUCAGCAGCAGCAACACAAAUCUUUGGUACAGCUGCAGGAAAAGCAGCACGUUUUCCAGCUUGAGCCACAUCAAGCAUGUGUCCCACCUGAUCAGCAACCAAACCAACUGAAGCAGAAGCAAGCCCUUGUGCAUAAACAAUUAUUGGAUCAGCAACAAGCGCUUAUUCAACAGCAGCAUCAAGCCCCGCCUCAGCAAGCACUUUUACAACAUCAGUUCAAGCAACAGCAGCAGCAACAUUUGUAUCAACAAACCCAGGCAAAAGUACACGAAGAUCCCUUGAUUCAACAGCAAAGUGGACAGCAAGAACCUGUCAAUCAACAGCCCCAGCAGGCUCAACAACAAACCUUCUUACAGCAAAAGCUCGUCUUCCAACAGCAGGAACUGCAACAGAAGCAGAAACAAAGCCAUCAACAAGCUCAACUGCAUCCGCAGCAGCAACAAGACGUUCUGCCACAGCAACAGGCUCUACUACAACAACUGAUCAAAGAGCAGCGCCAACACCAAGCUGCCAUUGUUCAACUUCGGCAAACAGAACACCAAGAGACCGUUCCAAUUCCUCCAAGUAGCAGCGAGCAGCUACAACCACGUUUUCAUCAGGCAUGCACCACCGAACUAAACAGCACGUUCAUACCUCAUACCCCUGCCACUGCCACCGGGCAGCAGGGACAACAGCAAACUCUGUCUCAGCAUGCUAUUCCGACUGCAGUCAAUCCUCGUAUCCCAGCUGGAGCUGAAGUCAUGCAGCACCAAACUCAUAUUUCCUGCCAAGACCCGGUUACCAUGGUUGUACAGCCUGCUCAGAUUUCUCUCCCGAUUCCAGCUCAAGCCCUGUCCCAACAAGGACAAAUUGAAGCUCAUAUUCAGAACCGAAUCCAGGUACCGGCGCAGUUCCUAAGUCAGUCUGCAACUCAAGCCGCGCCAACUAUGAUUGAUGUCACUCAUAUGGUUGGAACGACCCAAGGACCGGCACAAGUCGUCAUCCAAGCCCAGAAACACCAGACUACUUAUCCUGAACCGACUUCUACUGUGAACAAAGGCUCUGCUCAGACAUUCAUUCAAACUCAGCCUGUACAGCAAGUAGUUAGCCAGACCCACCAAGUUCAUAACCAGAACCCAUCUGCUGACACGCAUAUCAUGGGCCAACAAAGCAUACCUGCUAUCCAACCUCCAACUGCCACCAAUUCUAGUCAUCUCCAGCAUGAGACUCUUGUUCACCAUAACGUUCAAAUACCAGCCGUAGUGGAGCCUCGGCUUCAGCAACAAACUCCAAUCCAGCCCCUUGUGAAGGUGCAAGGUCACACUUCCCCAGCCCUUCUGACCUCUCAUUACGGCCCUCAGUCCACCUACCAAAGUCCACCACUUUUUCAACAGGGAACAGUUGCACAGCAACCAGUGACACAGUAUCAGCAGGUGGUUACGGCUCCUGGCUCAUCUGGAAGUGCUGGAACCAACACAGCCCGUCUCAGUUCUGUAGAUCCCGCAAGCGUUGUCACCACUGCAGUCACUAUUCCAGUGUCACAUCCAGUGGUCCUACCACAGCAGCAACCUAUAGGAAGCACUGCAGUGUACCCAGUAAUUCAGCCCAUCUCCCAAGCACAGCUACUAAUGCUUUCUCAAGUUCAACACCCAGCCGCCAUGGCAUGUCCAAAGCAACAAUUGCCUUCAGUCGUCCAGUUACCACUGGAACCCAUCUUGGCUCCCAGCCAUCAAACAUGUCCUCUCAGUCGUGCUUUGAUUGCCAGAGAAGAGACAGAGCUGGCAGCACAACAAUGUCAGCCUGCCUCACAUCCCCUAACCCAUCCUGACACACAGAUAGCCCCCAGGAAUGUGGGCGAUCAUCACUCCCAGAGCAGGAUCCCACCCAACUGCGGCGUGACAGGCGCAGCACCUUCCCCUCAGAAUCAGGCCAAGCACAUAUUGGCAACACACACUCGCACACAAAGCAGCAUUCAGGCCCAAUCACACUCACAGGCUGAUUCACACACACAGACGCCAACUGUUGAACAACCUGUUCUUCCUCGUGUUGUCUUUCCUGCACAUGAAGUUGCCCCCAGUCCCUCCCAAACCUCAUAUCCCCCAUCAUCGCCAUCCCACCAGCCUGCUGCUACCCCUGCGCCAGUGCUGCCAACAUCCUCACCGGCAGCCCAGGUCACCUUAUCAGGGCAGGCCGACUUUAUACCUCCCUCCCCUUCGCCUGCCGCCGCCCUAGAGCUGCUUAACUCUCAUGUCCCCAAACUGCCCCAAGCCUCGCUGCAAGACUGUGACAUUUCCCUGCUGGGCAUUUCUCAGGAUUGUCUACUCCUGUCAAAUACAGAACGUCCUUCCUCCACAGGGUCUUUGCCAGGAAAUGGAGAAAACGCCAUUUUGCUCAUGUCGGAUGGGAAAUCAGAAAAAGUAAAGACUCAAAGGAGGGCUUCUUCUCUGAGACCUGAAAAAGUGUCACAUCAGUUUCAACUUAGUAUGCUCCAGGUGUCAGGCAGUGGGGACAACAUGGUGGAAUGCCAGUUGGAGACCCAUAGCAAUAAGAUGGUGACGUUUAAAUUUGACAUGGAGGGAGACGCACCUGAGGACAUAGCAGAUUACAUGGUGGAGGAAGUCUUUGUCCUCGAUGUGGAAAAAGAGAUGUUUGUUGAAGACCUGAGAGCCAUAGUUGAGAAAGCCCAGGAAAUUCUUCAAACACAUACUGGAUCUUCUGACCAGUUGCAAGUCAGCACUCCCACUAGCGCUACAUCUGACUCGCAGCCACAUUCAUCUCCAGUGGGGCGUUGGCGCUUCUUUAUCAACCAGACCAUUCGCCACAGAGAUUCUCUUUCUAGCCAGGGAGCAGCCACCACGCCACCCACUGCAGAAUCACGGCCACUUCCACCUUCUGCAGUAGACAAAGGAAAUGAAGGAUCCCACAGUCUAGAAUCCACCAGUGGGAUGUCCUCUCCACCUUGCCCCACUUUACUCGAUGUCGCCACUGUGCUAACCCCCGUCUCUGUUGGCCCCACUACUACACAGACACCGCAUGCAACUGUAUCUGAGAGCUGUAUCUGUGCACCAGCCUCUACUGUUCGACCCCCCAAUCCUCAAAAUAUUUCAAGUGAUCGUGACCUGCCGAUCCUUACCUCAAUUUCUGCUGACCAAAGGCUGGGUGCGCCCUUAUCAACAGCAAAAUGUUCUGCCACAAACCUUACCACAAAUCUCACGACUGCCAAAGCCCCCAGCAUUCAAAUGGACGUAACAGUACCCCACCCUGACUUGGAGCAUCUGCAGCAGACACUUGCUCAGGGAGUCAAACAGCCCCAGCUUCAACCUGCACAGCAGCAGGUUCCAGCUGGACAGCAGCGUUUACAAGCAUUGCAACCGGAGCAACAGGCCACACAUAAUCUCCAAGCAACACCACAACAGCAACAGAUGCCAGAUCAAGCGUUCCAAGAGCAAAUGCAGAAACCAAUACCACAGAGUACUCCACAGUGCCAGAUACAACAGCAGAUCCUGGCACCCCAAGCUGCUUUUGUACCUCCACAGCAGCAACAAUUAAACAUACAGCAAAACACAGACGUACAUCAGAUGUUUAUCGGCAGCGCUGCCUUUAAGUCUGAUCACAUGUUGCCCUCAUCAGUGAGUCAACAGUUUUUUCAGGCGCAACAAAAUGGUAGCCACCUGCUGCAGCAACAAAUUCCAAUCCCCGCCCAAGUGUCACAACAACAAUGUCAGACACAAAACCCAGAGCAACAGGAAGCGCUAAGUGCCGCGGAAACACCUCAGAAACAGCAUCCGCUUCCCAAACAACCAUCUCCACAGCACUCUGAGUCAGAGAUGUCCACAGGCGAGAUGAGUGUCACAGAUGACACAGGCAGCUGCUCUGUGCCGUGCCAUCCUUCCUCCGACUCUUCUUUGCCGCCUUUUCAUUUGGGAGCUACUGAAGCCUCCUUACCGCCACUCUCCCUCACAUUCACCCCAUCCCCUGCUCAGCCUUCCUCUGUGGCCGAGUCAGACAGCGAGGGUCCCCCUAAAAUAGAAUUUGUUGACAAUCGAAUAAAGACGCUGGAUGAAAAGCUGAGGAACUUGUUAUAUCAGGAGCACAGCAGUGGGGCGGCUCAAGCGGGGGGGGCUGCAUCCACCCCAGCUGUCUGCACAUCCGCAGGUGGAGAAGAGUCAUCAGAGCCGCUGUUGUUAUCUUUCCCGCCACCUCCCUCUAUCUCGGACACAUCUCCACACUCUUCAUCUUCCACUACUUCCUCCACCACCUCCAAUUCCUCCUCCACCACCCCUGACCCUGAAAGUUGUGGAAGAGCAGAGGAUGCCUCCUCAGAAGUUCUCAACUCAGCAGAGCAGGGCCUAAUGGAGCAGCAACCUGGCCCAUCUCACCCGAACACCCACACCACCGCAGUGCCCCCUGCCACUUUCCUCCCUGUCAGUCAGGAUUUCUCUGCAGGGGCCCAGCGCCCUCCGGUGCCAGGAGAACCAACCAUCCUUGCUGUGCCCCCCUACUCUGACACCAACACCACUGGAGAAGCAUUGCGACUCUCUCUCCGUCAGCAACCGAUCCCCCUCCGGCAUGGACCACAGCAACAUAAUGCAGGAGGUGGAUAUUUUGGCCUAAACCUGACAUGUCCUAGUAUCAGAAAUCCUGUUAGCAAGAAAUCCUGGACUCGCAAAUUCAAAAACUGGGCAUGCAAACUGCGUCAUUCCGCCAGCUUGUUCAAGAAGCCCAGAGUCCAGCAAGAGGGCCGAUCCAUCAGUGAGUCUUUCAAAGAGGAGAAGGAGGUGACCCGACAUCAGUCGCACAAAGGGCGAUUUCAAGUGACACCAGUGUCCGAGUCCUCUCCCCCAAAAGAUGUAUCAUCAUCACGCCACGGCAGCACCCACAGAAAAGUCGGACGCUUCUCUGUAACCAAGGCUGAGACGCAGGAGGAAGACGGCCAGAGUGACAGUUCUCCAGUGUCUCCUGUUGUGAUCAGGGAGAGGAGGCGAUCUCGGGCAAAGGAUGGAGAGAAAGAUGAGAGCAAGAGGACUCCGGGGAUGGCCCAUCUUUCUCGAGGUCAUGAGCACAGCCACUCCCCCGUAGGCAGCAGCGAUGAUGAUAAUGACGAAAGUGAAUUGGAGGAUGAAGACUUGAGAAGAGAACUACACAAGCUGAGAGAGAAGCACAUCAAGGAAGUGGUGUCGCUUCAGGCCCAGCAAAACCUAGAGCUCCAAGAACUGUACAGACAGCUUCGCUCCCAAAAAGGACAAAGGCAAAGUCUGCCCACUUGCCUGUCUCGUACCCCUGCUCUUCCUCCACUAGCCCCAGUCCUUUCUCCUCGCAGGCCAAGGCCGCCCAAAACCAAACUGCGGCCCCGACCUCACUCUCACAUGGAUAACAACGGAGUCACACUUGCUGGAUUCCAACAGUCAAGUAGUUUUUUGGGUGCUGAGCAGAGUGGAAAUCCUCCUCAUGGCACUUCACUGCCUCCUAAAAGAGAUCAAAGCCCGAUAAGGAAAAACACAUUCACUGAUGAAUUGCACAAACUGGUAGAUGAUUGGACAAAGGAGACACUGGACCAAACCACGCCCAGGCCUUCUCUCAAUCAGAUCAAGCAGAUUCAGCAGGUGCAAGAGUUGGGGGGCUGGACUCAGCUGAUUGAGGUGGCUCCUCCAGGCUGGUUUCCAUUGGUACCACUAAAUCCACAGGCAGCCCCAGCUGCCGCCGGCUUGUCUGUGGCAGCCCCUCCCUAUAGCGGUCUGUCUAUCUUCCCCGGACCUUCGCAAACGCACACAGCUCAAGUGCCACACACGCAGCCGGAUUUCCAGCUCCAGGAGAUGACCUUUCAGCCGGCCCCCGCGUGCCAGCAGACACAGCAACGUCCCAUCCAGUUGACACAGGCCAUCAUCCAGCUGCCCUGCUCAUCACCUCAAAACCAACCGCUGCUGCCUUCCCAAACGACCACGUCUCCGGCGUCUACAGCUGUGACUGUGCAGCCUGACAGUAGCUCCUCUGCACCCGCAGAUGGCAGCGUUGCUAGUGGGGGGGCAUUUUGUUCCUGUUCCUCCUCAUCUUCAAACUGUUGCUCCUCCUCCUCCUUCUGUUCUAAAGCUGCUCUACCUUCCAGUGCCAAAAAUCACCCAACGCCCCCCACCGCCACUCUUCCGCUGGGACAGAAAUGAAACCAAGCUUGAGGUAAAUAUAAUGAUGCAAGAAAAGAUCUGAAGUAUGAGUAUUGAGGUGCAGUACUAUAACUGCAACCAAUGAUGACAGGAUGUGGGGAAUGAAUGUGAGAUAUGAUUGGUUCUGGUAUGUACAGAGAGAAGGCAACAUUGAACACAGCCCCUGAGCGUUGUGAAUAACGGUAUGUGUGGGUCUUGGGAUGUACACGUUGUUUAACGUAUGUAUGUGAAAUGUAUGUGUGUUUACCUGUAUGUGUGUGUGUCUGAGGACAUAUCUCCGACAAACGUUUUCUUUUCACUGUCAGACCUAAACUGUCCCUAAAAAUAUGUUUCAUGAUGUGUCCAUAUCCUUGGUCAUUUGUUUUAGUUUGUCAAUGUUUGCGGUGAAAGGACUAUCAAUUUUAAAAGUGCAAUUAGUAAUGAUCAUUGGAAUUGAUCAGCAUGUAUUGUAAUCAUUUCUAAGUCAUCAAAUAUUUUCAUAUGCAGACAUUGACUCCUUUUUAAAACGCCAACCGCACAAUCUGCUUAAAUGGGCAGAGAAAAAAAAACAUUAAAAGAACCCAGUACAGACUUUUUCUUUUCCCAAUAGAAAAGAUUCUGCUGAUUCUAGUAUGACCUGACCCAAAUUAACACAAUUGAAAAAUCUCACUACACACUAGAGUACACGUGAAAUAAUACUAAAGUACCAUAGUCAUUAUUCAUGUUAAUGUAGGUACUAAUAGCUGUUUUUGUGGCAAAAAUGUUGAUUUUUCACCUAAAUUGUUAUUAGAUGUGUGACAUCUUUGUCACAGAACGAGGAAGCACAAUUGUGAUCACCAUGAUUGGUCCACAACCAAAACAUCACACUAUUAUGCAAUCGAUAGUGUUGGACAGCAUGUGUUUAUUUUGUCCUUUAUGUUUGGAGUUGUGUGAUUAAAACAGACUUCCCGUACACUAGUCUGUAUUUUUAAUGUGCAUGUUAGACUGUAUGUAUAUGUUUGACACAAAUACAUGAUGGACUACAUUAGAUGACUUUUUUGGCUUGCCACUCCUUAACCAAAAUUUGUCAAUUCGAGCAUCACUCAACCAACAAAAAAGCUCAAAACAAAAGAAAUGAUCUCUCUUUUUUCCUCAAGUAAAGUAAAUAUACACUGUGAUGAUUAUUGAUUUGAUGUGCACUUGCCUGUCAAACUGCAGACUGUCAUAAGAUGAACCAGAAUCAGACAGUUCCAUCCUUUAUUUGACUCCUGGUAGAGCAUAUACAUAACAUAACAUAACACAUGACAUGUCACAUGUGUCACAUCUGGCUUAGCAGCUCAUUUAGCCAUGGAUGGUCAGGUUUAUGCUUAUUAUGCUUAUUAAACGACUGCUGCUUAAGAACAUGAAUGGUCAAGUAGCAAUAGUUCCUUUGGACAUCAAUUACUAUAUGACGAUGGUUUUCUGUAUGCGUUUCAUCGUAGAAGGUCGGAUCCUUUGCUGUCAUGUCUGAUACUAACAUGUAGACCCCGUGCAUACAAAACAGCUUCAUUAUCAUGUUUCAUGAUGCCGUUUUACCAAAAUGUUAUCUAAAAAAAAGAAGAAAAAAAAAUACAAAAACAUGAAGAUUAUUUUUGUAUUUUCUAAAGUUGGUGUUAAAUUGUAAAAUGUCACUCUGGCCAUAUUAAGUAAGGUUUUGAGAGCUUAAAAAAACUGGUUAUCAAGUUUGUUUCCAUGGUACUUUUUUAAAAUACCUCUUUUAGGAUUUUUGGGCUUUAUUUCUAUGAAUCACCGAAAACAAAACAACAUAGUUUCUAGGCUUUAUUAAACGUACUCAUGGAUGCAAAAAAGUCAAGGGCGUCCCUUUAAGGCAUGACUGAGAACCAACCUCCUGUACAUUGUAACAAAAUCACUGUUAUGUUUUGUAACUAAUCAAUAAAUGAUGUCAAACAUCACACAAUUGUGA